AUGACCGCGCCCGCGGGAUCCGCGGGAUCGUCCGCCUCGGAUCCCGCCCCCGCGAAGAAGAAGGAGAAGGUGUCGUUCUCGAAGCUCGUCUCGAGGAAGCUCUCGAAGGACGGGAUGACGAAAGGCGACCGUCUUCGGAAAGCCGCGGAGCAGGCGCGCGCGGCCGCCGCGGCGGACGCGGAGAACCGACCGCACUCGUCCGCGUCCGACUCCCCGAGGAAGACGACGGCGACGGCCGCGGCGGCGGCGACGACGUCCGCGCCCGCCGCGCCCGCGACGCCGCCGAGCCCGACGAAGGAGAAGGUAUCGUUCAAGAAGCUCGUGUCGCGGAAGCUCGCGAAGGACGGGAAGACGAAAGGAGACCGAGAGAGAGAAGCCGCGGCGGCCGCCGCGGGAGCGGGGAGGAUCGGCGAGACGUCGUCGCGCCUCGGAGCGAACAAAACCGACCCGGCGGCGGCGGCGCCGCCGUCGACGUCGACGUCCAACUCCGCGCGAAGUUCCAGCGACGCGUCGUCGUUCGUAUCCCGCGCGUCCAAAGACGCGUUCAGAAGACAAGCCUCCGAGGACGUCAAAGCCGCGGUGAAGCGACUGAGGGACGACCGCGCGGAGCGCGAGGCGGCGAGGGAGAGGGCGCGCAGGCGCGUUCUACGACGCACUGACUGGUCCCCAUACGACCGCGUCGGCGCGGAGGAAGCGCUCGCGGCGGAGCUCGCCGCGGCGACGGCGAGAGAGGAAGCCGCCGCCGCGGAGGCGCUCGCCGCCGAGGAGGCGGCGCUCGCGGCGGCGCGCGCGGCGGAGGCGGAGGCGAAAGCCGCGGCGGCGGCGGAGGCGGAGGCGAGAGCGGCGAGCGCGAGGGUCAGCGUGGACGCGCCGGAGCCGUGGGGGGGACCCGCGGCGACGGCGACGGCGACGGCGACGGCGGCGACGCGCGCGCCGACGGCGACGGCGGCGACGCGCGCGCCGACGCCGCCGACGUCGCCGAAGCGAAAGAAGAAGGAAGAGAAGGCGCGCGAGAAAGCGGCGGCCGCCGCCGCGCCCGCGUCGCCGCCGCAGAGAGCGCGAGUCGUCGAGAAAGGCGCGGGGGGUUUACCGCCCGUCCCCGAGGGCGCCGUCGCGUCGCCGUUUCGCGACAGCGCUCUGUAUCGAUCGCCCGCGAAGAGCCCGGAGCGGCGCGGGAAGACCGUCGCGCCGUCGCCGCCGCGAGAGAACCCCGCGCGCCGGUCCUUAAACAUGUCCCCGCGCUCGACGCCGCAGCCGCGUUCGCCGACGGGCGCGCGCGACGCGCCGCCGGCGGCGGCGAACGACGUCGCCGCUUUCGACGUCGCGUCGCGGAUGUCCGACCGCACGGACGUCGUCGGCCUCACCGGCGCGGUCGGCGAGCGCGUGAGAGCCGCGCUGUUCCCGGCGAGGAAGAAGCACGCGAGCACGCACCCGCGCCUGCAAGCCGCGAUCGAGCGACGCGCGGAGAUGACGGAGGUGAUCGCCAUGCUCGCGGCGCACCCGAGGGGCGCGGAACGCGUCGAUCACAAGGGCGACCUUCCGAUUCACUCGGCGUGCAAACACAACGCGGACCCGCUCGUGAUCGAGUGUUUGCUCGAGGCGAACCCGACGGGCGCGACCGCGAGGGAUAAGAAAGGGUUCCUCCCGAUUCACCUCGCCGCGGGGUACCGCGCGGAGCUCGAGAGCGUCGAACUUCUCGUGCGGACGUUUCCCGAGAGCGUCUCGUGCAUGGACAAACGCGGGUGCUUGCCCGUUACGCUCGCGCGGACGUACGACGCGCCGCGGGACGUCGUGGAGUUUCUCGCGAGCGAGACGACGGACGAGGCGAUGGCGGAGGAGUGGGUCGCGCGGAGAGAGGACGCGACGCGGCGACGGCGGAGGAAGGAGAUGAGAGAGAGGCGGCGCGGCGGCGGGAUCGUCGGGCUCGCGGUCGGGCUCGCGAGACGCCUCGGAUCGGCGCUCGGCGAGCUCGCUGGCGCGCGAGGGACGGCGACGCGGCGGCGGCGGCGGCGAAGCGGCGGCGGCGUCGAAUACAGAGCCCGCGCGCCGCCGUCGCCGCUCCACGCGGCGCUCGCCGAUAGGUCCGCCGAGCCGGAAGACGCCGAAGUUGACGCCGAGGACGAAGACGCCGAGCUGGAAGACGCCGCCGCCGCGCCGGAAGCCGGGGAAGUGCUCGCGAACACCGCGAUGAUCGUGGGCGCGUUCGUCGUCGGGUCUCUCGCCGCGAAAGCGCGGGCGCGGUACUUUCCCGCGCGAUGGCCGGACGAGGACGACGCGCGCGUGGGCAGAAGACGCGUGGGGCACUCGGCGUCGUCGUACCGGUGA